CUCGGAGGGAACAAAUGUCAAUACGUGAUAAUGGAGCAGAUGGAGAACUUUCAUUAGUGCUUUAAUUUCAUUGCGAGCUUUAUCUGACGUCUUGAUUGACAGUUUGACACUUGCGGUGCGGCGAGCGCGGCUGCCCUACAUGUUCAGCGGACGUUUAUCUCAUUUUUGACCAUUUUAAGUGUGUUUAAUGUGCUGAAUUGAUAUGUGCUGCGCUGAAAGCCGUGCGGCUUUUUUCUGUCGGUAACCUCAGAAUAUAAAAGAGACAGUUUCGCGUCAUUUCGAGGCAGUUCUCUUCAGACAAGCGCAGAAAUGGAUCUUAUGGGAAUCUACCUGCUUCAUCUCAGCUUUGCCGCUUUGCAGGUAGCGCUUUCUGCGAGCAGAGACUGUCUUAUAGCGGGAGACAUCUGUUCCAGCGAUGAGACCUGCAGCCCGCGUCUCCGGACCCUGCGCCAGUGCGUCGCCGGGAACGGCAGCAUGAAACUCGGCCCUGGAGCCCGCAGUCAGUGUGCGAAUGCCGUCUCUGCCCUGCUGUCCAGCCCUCUGCACGGCUGCCAGUGCAGACGAGGCAUGAAGAGAGAGAAAAACUGUCUCAGCAUAUACUGGAGUCUCCACCAGUCUGGCAUGCAUGGACUUAACCUGGUAGAGAACUAUCCGUAUGAGGCGAUAGAGAAAGGAUACGACUUUGUCCGCCUGGCCUCCAUCACUGCAGAUUCUGAGCUCGGCAUGACAACGGUGAACCGCUGCCUGGACGCGGCCAAAGCUUGCAACGUCGAUGAUGUGUGCCAGAAACUGCGCACCGAGUAUGUGUCAACAUGCAUCAAGCCCUCCACCAAGUCGGGUUUGUGUAACCGAUCGAGGUGCAACAAGGCCUUGCGGCGGUUCUUUGACCGCGUGCCUCCGGAGUACACCCACGAGCUGCUGUUCUGCCCUUGCAGCGACAUGGCCUGUUCAGAGAGACGGCGACAGACCAUCGUGCCCAGCUGCUCCUAUGAGGGGGAAGAUAAACCCAGCUGCCUUUCCCAGAUGCGGAUCUGUAAGGCCGACUAUGUUUGCAGGUCCCGUUUGGCCCAGUUUCAGUACGACUGCCAGCCAGAAGAGCAGUCUGCCACCGGCUGCAAACAGGGAAACUACGCCGCAUGUCUUAUUGCUUACACUGGGCUGAUAGGCAGCCCGAUCACCCCAAACUACGUGGACAACUCCACAUCCAACGUGUCUCCCUGGUGCUCGUGUUCAGCCAGCGGGAAUCUGAGAGAUCAGUGCACUGAGUUCCUGGACUAUUUCACCAACAACGUCUGUCUCAGGAACGCUCUCCUGACGUUUGGGAAUGGAAUGGACUUCACGCCCACUCCCACCCGACUGCAGCGGUUAAGCCCUGUGACGGACAGAGGGCCACGGCCGACGACUGUGUUUGUCACCAUGGAGACUGAACAGAACGCUCUGAGCCCAGCCAAACCCACACAGGACUCUGCCAAGGUUAGACUUUGGUCUGACUCCACCGCAUCCUUCGACACACAGCAGAACUCGGCUCGCGCGUUUGCCGCAGCGUCACUGCUUGUGUGGAUUUGUAUGUUUCUCAGCUUCUUGCUCCGCUGUGAUCAGUAAACAGACUCAAGACUUUCGGGACAUCUAUUCUGACGGCCCCGUGAUUUUUGGACCAACUGGAACCUAUUCAGCUCCAAAGCUGGAGGAACUGUCCACGCCGGCCUCAUUUCUCCAACAUUGAAGUCAUUGUGUUAUCUCUGUUUCUGUGGAAGCACCAGUCAAACCUACAGAAUCUGAAUUUGCAAGGCACUUUUGUAGAAAUGAAUGUGGUUAGUCAAACACAAAGGCCAGCGGAAAACCUACCUGUACAUAUGUACAUAGCGUCACACAGAGUCAAUAUGAAACUGUGCUGUUCAUUGAGAGUUUCAGUGUAAAAUCAUAUUUUUGUGGGGUGGGGAGGCCAGCUCAAAAGACUAAAAGUUUCUAAAUCCCAAAUAACCCUUCUAGCACUCCAAAAUCAAUUCCUGAUGAAAUAUGGAGAGAAAUGAAGCUUUUUCUUCUUUCUUUUAUUGUUCAUCAUGCAUCAGUUCAACCGUUUGAAGAUCCCCUUGAGGAAAAUGGGGAUUUAAUAUCAUUCUGUUCAACUUGACUGAAGAGAAGACACAGGCUAUUUCUGAUCAAUAAUAGAAUGGUAAUGCCUUUGGUUGGAAAUAAACAGUACUCUUCCCAAAGCUCAUCAUGUGCUAUUGAGACAGAAACUACUUCAACUAACCGAUCUUCGAGACUCAACAUUGUUGUGGUGUCCACAGCUGAUUUCCUGCCGGUACUGUGUCUCUAUGUAUAAUACGGUGUGUUUAUGAGGAGUCCCGGUGGUUACGAUCGUGAAUACGAGGGCUGGCGUUGUGGGAAUGGGGUAGGAGAGGUGUUUCCCGCUCCAGCCGCUGCUAGGAAAGCCCUUGAUAUUUUUAAAGGAAGUCUGGGAACCUCAUUAUGGAACAUUCUUUGGUUCAUCAUAUGGCAUUAAUAAAAAAUGCUGGUUCAUUUAAAGCCCAUUGCUGUUCCUUUGUGACUCAAAAGCUUUGAACAAACUGCCACAAAAAUGUGGAAAAUUUAGUCAGGUGAAACUCCACAUGGUGCGUGCGUGUGUGUCUUUGUCAAAAACAUGCUCGGGGCCAAAAGUGUGGAGAAGCGGUUAUUCAUAAAGAGAAGAGAAGCUAUAGAGAUUCCUUGUCCGACUCAGAUACUUUAUGGCCAGGUAAAUCAAGUGAACUGUGGCAGGGGGAUUAUUUGGAUCUCAGGAAGGGAAGAACAUUUCGUCAAAACUUGACCAUGCUAAAGCCAUUAAUUCCACCAAGAUAUAUAUUUUUUGGAAAACUCAAAUUUUUUUUUUAUUUUUUUUUUUUGGGGACUACAAAUUAUGUUACUACCUCUUUCUGAUGUGAUAUUU